AUGCGAUUGAACUGGUUUUCCGGCGCCUCGCGGCUCUUGAAAUACGGCCGGAAUGGAAAACUGCUGACUCGGGGAAAGAGCAGCAAGGCGACCUCGAGCAGCCUGGACGCGCAGCAUCAGGAUGAUGCGACCGCCGAGGCGGGGAAGUCGGAAUCCGUGGAGGAGUCGCCGGAGCAGCAACAGAAAUUGCCCACCCGUGAGCCGCUGGCCAAGAACUUCUUCAUCGGAGUGGUGGACAAGGAGCUACUGGCCUAUCCGGAGGUGAUAGCCCGCGACGAGAUGGCCCAGCUGCAGAAUGCGCUGCUCCCGUUGAAGAAUUACUUCGAAGAGCCCCGUGAAGCGGAGGAGGAGAAGCCUAAUCCUCCCGAGAACCUCCGUCAGCUGGGACUCUAUGGCCUGAAUGUGCCCACGGACUACGAGGGACGGGGCUACGGCUGGAGCGCCAGUCUGAUGGCCAGUGAACCCGAUUCCACGGAUAUCAAUGUAACCCUGGGACUGCAGACCCACCGCGUGGUUGUGGAUCUCCUGAACGAAGUGGGCACUCCGCUGCAGCAGCAGAGAUACCUGCCGGAUCUGGCCACCGGCAAGCUGAUAGCCACCGAGGCCAUCUACGAGUACUCGCCGCCCGAGGAGGACUACUUCAGCACCCAGGCGGAGCUGCUGCCGGAAACCGGCAAGUGGCUGCUCCACGGCGAGAAGGCCUAUGUGGUCUGCACGCCCGGCGAGCGUCAGCUUUUCCUGGUCCUCGCCCAAACGCAGCAGCCGAAUGUGCCCGGUGCCCUGGGUCGUGGCACCACCAUCUUCCUGGUGGACUCCCAGCAGGAGGGAGUGCGUCUGGGUGAAAGGCAUGCCACCUUCGGCUGUCGCCAGGCGGAGAUCCGGCGGGUGCACUUCGACCAAGUGAAACUGGGCGCCGAUCAGGUGGUGGGCCUGCCGCACGACGGCAAUCGGUACUCCGAGCAGCUGGUGCGAUCCUCCCGCUUCAGGGGAAGCCAGGUGGGCGUGUCGCUGGCCAAGAAGCUGCUCAACGAACUGGCCCAGUACACUGUCAGCACAACUCAGUGUGGAGUCCAACUUAAGGAUUUGGAGCUCACCCGAGUCCACUUGUCGCGAGCCAUGUGUUCCGUCUAUGCGAUGGAGAGCAUGCUCUUCAUGACCGCCGGCCUGCUGGACGAGUUCCGUGCCCAGGAUGUGACGUUGGAGAGUGCGAUUACCAAGUACUUUACCCUGCGGCAGCUAUACGAGAUUGCCUCCCAGAACCUGGGACUCGUGGGACCCAAGAGUCUGCUCAGCGGCGAGGCCACGGAGCUGGGACUGCGAGAUGCGGCUCAGCUGUGCACGCAGGGUGAAUCAAUGGACACGCUGGGCAUGUUCAUUGCCCUCACCGGAUUACAACAUGCGGGGCAAGCCAUGAAUGCGGGCGUGCGAAAGUCGAGGAAUCCCCUCUUCAAUCCCGGACACAUAUUCGGCAAGUUCCUCGACACCAACAACAUCGACAAUCCCAAGACCAAGAUGCAGCUGUCGGAGCAUGUGCAUCCCUCGCUGGAGGCGGCAGCCCAGUGCAUUGAGCACUCGGUGGCCCGUCUCCAGAUGGCCGUGGAGCUGAUGCUGACCCGUCACGGGAAUGCGGUGGUGGAGCGCCAGAGCGAAAUGCAGCGCCUGGCGGAGGUGGGCACCACCAUAUAUGCCAUGUGGGCCAGCGUGGCGCGUGCCUCCCGAUCCUACUGCAUUGGACUGCCGCUGGCGGACCACGAACUGCUCACCGCCACGGCCAUUUGCUCGGAGGGCAGGGACCGCGUGCACACCCUCUGCACGCAGGUCUUCGGCGGCAAUUUCGUCAACAACGACAACAACCUGGUGCGACUCUCCAAGCAGCUGACCAAGAGCAAGGGCUACUUCCCCGUCCAUCCGCUGACGUUCAACUUCUAGGCCCAGCCGGUAGUUUAGUUUAUUAUUGCCUUAACCAUUAAAGAGAAUAUUUGUUAUUGAUAACUCACUGGGGUUUAAAUUUAAAUU